UACACUACAGAUGGCUAACGUAAAUCUACAAGAGCUUUCCGGUUUGUUUUCUGUCAGUCAAACACAAAGCAGAGAUAAAAUGGAUACUCCUAUUUUUAAACGAUCGUCUGUGCAGUUUGGUUUUCUGGAAGACGGUUGCCCAUAGAAACAAUUCAAAUAUCAAACAUAAUUCGCAUUAUUUUAACUUUUUUGUUUGCUUGCUUUUAUUAAUCUCAAGCUAUAAAAAUAUUGCGGUUAUAGUAUGUAUAGCUGCAUUGUUUGUAAUUAACUGGCUGUCCUUGUCCCUGUCCUUUGAGGGACUUUGACCCUUUUCUUUACAUUGUGCACGUUAUAAUAGCAACAGGCCCGGGCUGCGUACCAAAUCACCUGCCGCAGGAGCAAGACUGCCUGUUGUGACGAAACUACAGAGGAGAGAGCACCCAGUACAGAACCUGCAUUGGCUGAAAACUCACACCAGGCAAAGUGACUCAUCCUGAUGUGCAGGAAACUGGGGGUGCAGAGGAGAGAUGAUGCUCGUAUUGGUGUCCCUGCUCUGCACUGUCCCUUCAGUCAAGGCCUGUCUGCAGUGUGACCGCAGGAUCAGGCGCCUGCUUGAGGACUUCAUCCUGUCUGCAUCCACCGUGGACAACCAAAUUGAAAUGAAAAGGAUUUGCGACCAUGCCUAUGUGACCUACAAAGAGACGAGCAGAGAACGAAAAGGAGUCAUUGAUCCCACCACUUUGUACAGAGCCAGGAGUGAGUACCAGAGUGAAUUUCACCGCUUCUUGAAAACUCAGCACACUGGAUCAGAAACAUUUGAAGCCAUUCAGAUCAUGGAGAAGGGCAGGAAGAUCUUAGAGAAGCACUUGGACACAUUCAUCCGUGAUGGAUUGUGCCCUAACAAGUGUGGGCUUUUGAGACAAAGAGUAAUGGAUUGCUUCUCCUGCCACUACAAGACUUAUAUCUGUCCCUCACCCUCUGGCCAGCAGGAUUGUGGUGAGUACCCAGUACAGGCUGAGGAGGGAGGCCAGGCAGUGCUGAACUGUUUUGUCCCAUGGCAUCGCCUUCUAUUGGGAAGACCAGAGUACCACUACUCCUGGGCCGCUGGUGUGCCAGGAAGUGAAAAGGUCACUCUGACUUCAAAGCUGAACGAGCAGGACUUCAAAGCCUUGGUAGUGACAGAUGACUCAUCUGUGAUCUUAAAUCAACUGCAUGUGGCUGAACAAGGAACAUAUCGCUGCUCUCUGCAGAGCCGAAAUGGAACCGUCUUCUACCGAGUCACUUUUCUACUCACUGUUGUGCCUUUGCCUCACCAAACUCACCGUUCCAUCAUCAGUCUUCCUCCCCUGCCUUAUGGAGACAACUACUCACCUUUUAAACCCACUGAGGGCCUGCUGGUGCCAGUCACGACCAUGGUUACUGCUCUGAGUCUGGCAGCGAGCGUAGGCCUCACAGUUGUCCUGGGGUGAGAGUCAACUGAUGAUAUGUCGGAGGAGAACUGCCACGGAGCCAAGAAGAAGGAGGAAGGAGGACAAAACCACAGAAAACACUGUGUGAUGCAGAUGCUGUAUGCAGUAAAUACACAGCUUAAUAACAGGAAUGUUGUUCUCAGUUCAGUUUGGACAUUUCUCUCUGUGGUUAAAUAAAUUUCCCAACGCAAAAAGCUAAGUCGAGCCAAGAAAUUACAGGGAAACACGUGUGAGCUACAUGCAAAUGUGAAUGAAAAAAGUUCAGACCUCACUGACUGACAAACAAAAAAGUUUGUGGUCUAAUAAAAACAAACACACACUAAAUCCCAGAAACCACUCAGUUUUCCGUAACAUUAAGCACAGGCUCACCAGCACACACCAAUGAUCUGACCCCAGAACAGACACGCUCCCCGUGAAUGGAGUGAUGGAGUCGUCACGUGGGUUUUUAUGAGAGGAAUCAGGGAUGAGGUCAAUCUCCUGGAUUACAGUGGGGUUUUUUUUUUACAGAUUAAUAGCCCCAGCCAUCCAAUUAAUCCUGGAUAAUCCCCUCUGUGUGUUUGUGUGUCUGUGGAGGGGGGUAGAAGACAGCAACAGAUGUUUUCAUCAGGGUUUCUCCUAAUAUUAAUUCACCCAUGUUUUCAUUCAGACAGACCGAGUAAAGGCGAACUUUUGACUACUAGCAAUGCUGUUAUCAUUCUGAAGUCACUGUUUUCUUGCAACACCAUCACCAGACAUUUUGUCAUGAUCUCCACCACCUCCCCCUCAUCAACUCACGAGUCAUGUUUUUCCUUACUGUUGACUUUGUUCGUCUUUCUUGUGCUAUCGUAAGCACAAGGCUCACUCUCAGUAUAAGAAUCUUCCCGUAAGAGGACAGUAAUAAUUCUUAAUCAUCAACAACAAGUACACACCCAUGCCUUAUCCAAGCCAGGUUAUUCUCGGCUGCUUCUUUGCCAACCAUAACACUCUGAUUUGCUAACACGGGAAAGACAACGAAACACUUGAGCCAAUUGAAAAUGAAAGCAAGUGACUGAUUAGUUAUGAGUCACCACAUCCAGGAAAUAAAUAACCAAGUCACCUCUGAAAUCU